GGACUUGCCGUUUGACUGGAAUUGCCAGGCUGGCGGGUCUAGCAUCACGACAACCUAUCUCCCUGGGCUCGUCGGCGCGACGAUGCGGCUCGCCUCCCCCUGCUCCUCCUCCUCCUCCUGACCGCGGCGAGCGGAUAGAGGCGGUCUAUCGCCCCUCUGCCGGCCGGCGGUUGGAGGCCGCGGCGGCUGCGCGUUGAGUCGUUUCCUGCCGGACAACCAGAGCCUUCUUCCGACUGUGGCUUUGGAGGCGGCCUCAGUCGGUGUGUGAGGUCGUCUCGUUAGGAGAACUCGUCCUCGACUCACGGUGAGGGACGGUGUCCGUACCGGCAAGAGGGUUGUACCGCUGAGGGAAAGGAGCUGGAUUCCGAACCUCCAGGAGAGUCCAAGGACAAUGCUGAAAGGAAUAACAAGGCUUAUCUCUAAGAUCCGUAAGUUGGACCCUGGGCGUUCUUUACAUGUGGGAACCCAGGCACACCAAAGCAUUGCUGCUCACCUAGAUAACCAGGUUCCAGUUGGGAGUCCCAGAGCUAUUUCCCGCACCAAUGAGAAUGACCCGGCUAAGCAUGGGGAUCAGCACGAGGGUCAGCACUACAACAUCUCCCCCCAGGAUUUGAAGACUGUAUUUCCCCAUGGCCUUCCUCCUCGCUUUGUGAUGCAGGUGAAGACAUUCAGUGAAGCUUACCUGAUGGUAAGGAAACCAGCCCUAGAACUUCUGCAUUACCUGAAAAACACCAAUUUUUCUUAUCCGGCUGUACGAUAUCUUCUGUAUGGGGAGAAGGGAACAGGAAAAACCCUCAGUCUUUGCCAUGUUAUUCAUUUCUGUGCAAAACAGGACUGGCUCAUACUACAUAUUCCAGAUGCUCAUCUUUGGGUGAAAAAUUGCCGGGAACUUCUGCAGUCCAACUACAACAAACAGCGCUUUGAUCAACCUUUGGAGGCUUCAUCCUGGCUGAAGAAUUUCAAAACUACAAAUGAGCGCUUCCUGAACCAGAUAAAAGUUCAAGAGAAGUAUGUCUGGAAUAAGAGAGAAAGCACUGAGAAAGGCAGUCCUCUGGGAGAAGUGGUUGAACAGGGCAUAACACGGGUGAGGAACGCCACAGAUGCAGUUGGAAUUGUGCUGAAAGAGUUAAAGAGGCAAAGUUCUUUGGGUAUUUUUCACCUCCUGGUGGCUGUGGAUGGAAUCAAUGCUGUCUGGGGAAGGACUACUCUCAAAAGAGAAGAUAAAAGACCGAUUGCCCCAGAGGAAUUAGCACUUGUUCACAACCUGAGGAAAAUGGUGAAAAACGAUUGGCAUGGAGGCGCCAUUGUGUUGACUUUGAGCCAGACUGGGUCCCUCUUUAAGCCCCGGAACGCCUAUCUGCCCCAGGAGUUGCUGGGAAAGGAAGGAUUUGAUGCCCUGGAUCCCUUUAUUCCCAUCCUGGUUUCCAACUAUAACCCAAAGGAAUUUGAAAGUUGUAUUCAGUAUUAUCUGGAAAACAAUUGGCUUCAACAUGAGAAAGCUCAUACAGAAGAAGGGAAAAAACAGCUGCUGUUCCUAAGUAACGCAAACCCCUCGCUGCUGGAGCGGCACUGUGCCUAUCUCUAAGCCACCAUCACAUGUGAGGAAGACAAUGGACAUCUGCUUUAGGCUAGACGCAAUGAGAUGAGGAAGGCCAGCAGUACACAGGAAGAGGAGCCAAGCCCUUUGACCUAUGGGGGAUUGGACGGGACUGCAGUUGGCUCUGGACCUGCAUUAAAAAAAUGGUACUGCCUUGUUCCUGAAAUUUGUAUCAGUGUAUUGGAUGUGAAACAUUUAAGAUAAUGAUGGCUCUUUUUCUAAAUAAAGUAUCUUUCU